UUUUUAGGACAGAAAAAUCUCUUCUUUAAUCAUUUUUCAGAGGGAGGGAGAGAGAUGCAGCGGAGAAGUGAAUGGGGGGAGGAAGAAGGAGGCGUUGAAGUAGAAGAAUCAAUCAUAUCUGCAUCUGAUCAGAGGACUCUGUAUUUGGUUAAUAUCUUCAUUGUGCAAACGGCUCGAUUUCUGAAUAGGUUCUCAUUUCUAUGUGAAGAUAAACUAUCAACCGUUCAUAGGAGGAUAUUGCGAUUGGAUGCGUCUCUUACGCUGCUUGAGACACAGUUGAGGAGCAUUAGUGAAGAAGAAGAAGAGGGAAAAGAAUCUUCUUCCAGGUGACAUUUCGUGCAUUUAUAGGAUUGGCACCUGAACAAAACAGUCCACAAUUGGUUGGCAUCUCUCAAGUGAGGUACUUACUUAUGGACGAUUAUGAUAUUUGAAUUUGUCUCAGAAACCAUGUGAUGUAUCAGAUGUGUAGUGUGUGGUGAUCACAAAUGUUUAUACUGAUCAGAACUUCAGGCUGUAACUUUUUCUGUUAUAGAUUUUGGGUAUUUGUAUAUGUGAAAAAAAAAAGAGGUAAUUUGGUGAGAAUCACCUUAUCAAUAGAUUGACUGUCUUUCUC